GGCAAUAGGUGAGACUUUUUUUUGUUAAAUUAUAACGAAACAGUGUUGCCGCUCUUGAAUGCAUCCCGUUGCCUGUGCUCGUCCCUCUGCUACUGAUGAGAAACAAACGAAUACCUUAAGAGUUCCGGGUUAUUAAAAGUCAAUAAUAAGCUAAUUUGUUAAAAAAAAAUAAUCCUAUCGUAGUUUCACUACUGUUGUAAAAUACCCACCGUUCCUAGUUUUCCACUGCCAUCGGAUUCGAUGGGGUUUAGGUUGACCAAUCAGAGUAAAGAUCAGCAGUUGGCUCCACCCACACCGACUCUCCCAGCUGUUGUUGUCAGAUAAACCUUAGUUUUCAUUACUCGGCCAGAAGCAGAAAUAAGUUAUUGGAUCAAGAGCUAUUAUAUCAGGUGCUGAACGGGUAAAUUGAUUUCAGGUGGAAUGGCCUCAGCAGCUGCCUCGGCUCCCGUGGCCACUCACCUGGCCACUAAGGUGGAACUGACCAUUUCGUGUGAAAACCUGAUGGACAUGGACGUCUUCUCCAAGUCGGACCCCCUGUGCGCCCUUUACAUCAGCACUUCUGGCUCCCACUGGUACGAGCUUGGGCGCACAGAAAUGAUCCUGAACUGCCUAAACCCAAAGUUUGCCAAGAAGUUUGUCAUUGACUACUGCUUUGAGAUGGUGCAGAAGCUGAAGUUUUGCGUGUAUGACAUCGACAAUAGUACCUACGACCUGAGUGAUGAUGAUUUCUUGGGGGAGCUGGAAUGUACACUUGGUCAGAUAGUUUCCAACAGGCAGAUGACCCGACAGUUGUUGCUGACGGACAAGAGACCUGCAGGCAACGGGACAAUUACUAUAUGUGCUGAAGAAAUAACAGACACAAGAGUGGCAAACUUUGAAGUGUCGGCGAGAAGGCUUGACAAAAAGUUUCUCUGGUGGUCCGACCCUUUCUUGGAGUUCUACAAGCAGACAGAAACGGGAUGGCAGCUGGCUCACAGGACAGAGGUUGUUUAUAACAACCUGAACCCAGUAUGGAGACCUUUCCGUAUUUCGUUGCGAGCCCUCUGUGGGGGAGAUGUGGAAAAACCAAUAAAGGUGGAUUGCUACGACCACCACGUGAACGGCUCGCACAACCUCAUUGGGAGCUUCACAGCCUCACUAGCAGAGAUGCUAGCAGGAACACACCUGUCACCGGCGGAAUUCGAAUGCGUUAACUCCAGAAAGUUGAGAAACAAAAAAUAUAAAAACUCUGGGAUCAUUUGCAUAAAACGCUGCCAGGUGGAGAAGGAAUAUAGCUUCCUGGAUUAUGUGAUGGGAGGAUGUCAGAUCAACUUUACGAUUGCCAUCGACUUUACAGGCUCUAAUGGUGACCCCAUGUCCCCCCAGUCCCUUCACUAUAUCAGCCCUGACGGCUACAAUGAAUAUCUGCAGGCCAUCUGGGCCGUAGGUAACGUCAUCCAAGACUACGACAGUACUAAGAUGUUUCCAGUGUUUGGAUUUGGAGCUCAGAUCCCUCCAUCAUGGCAGGUUUCUCAUGAGUUUCCCAUCAACUUCAAUCCAGCAAAUCCCUUCUGUGUAGGGAUAGAGGGGGUGGCGCAGGCCUACCGGCAGUGUCUGCCUCAGGUGAAGCUGUGGGGUCCAACCAACUUCUCUCCAGUCAUCAACCACGUGGCCUGCUUCGCCAGACAAGCUCUCCGCCAGAACGCUGCGUCGCAAUACUUUGUGCUGCUCAUCCUCACAGACGGCGUGAUCACAGACAUGGACCAGACGCGCGCCGCCAUCGUGGAAGCGUCCCAUCUGCCCAUGUCCAUCAUCAUAGUGGGCGUCGGCGGCGCGGACUUCGACGCCAUGGAGUUCCUGGACAGCGACGACAAACUGCUGCUGUCCCCCAUGGGGGACGCAGGCGCCAGAGACAUCGUCCAGUUUGUGCCUUUCAGACAUUUCCAUGGAAACAGCGUGGCCCUUGCCCAGAGCGUCCUGGCAGAGCUUCCUGAUCAAGUGUCGUCCUUCUUCAACACUUACAAGUUAAAACCACCAAACGUCUUCGGCGUGCCUGAGCCGUCCUAAUGGGAAGAGUCAAAACCUCCCAACGUGUCGUUUGGGACUGGGAACCUCCUGCCUGCAUCUGCUCCAGUUUUUCAUUUAGCGUGAAAAACCGCAAAGAAAAAACACACCUACCUCUGUGACUGACCUUAAAUCAAUUCAUGACGUAAGCAAAGUGUUGUGAUAUCUGCAAGCAUUUACAAUAACUGAGACACCCUGUCCUCCAUCCUCAAUCCAUCUGUUUACAUUUCUUUCAUUGUUUUUAAAUGUAUGUUUUCUGUUUCUUGUCUUAUAAUGAUGCUUACAUACUUACUUGCAUGUUGCAGAACUUGGAUGUUGUUGAGCUGAGAACCUUUUGUGCAUCAGUAGGACUGACUGAGCAAUAAAUCAAUAACAGACACGCAAUGUAAUAACACGCCCCACAGAAUUCUGAAUCAUUUCACCAAACUCCCGUCCAGAACCACACAGCAUUCUGGGGGAUGUCAGAGGGAAUGCUUUAGCCGGCCUUAACUCACUUCCUCUUUGGUUACCUAGCAACAACCGGAUUAAUUGCGCAGUUGCAGUUUCAGGUUUGGCCUCUUACCUGCAGUGUGGAAUAAAAGGAGAAAAUGAGUACAACAACUCGACGGAAAACUAGAUAAAACAAACAAAC